UGGUCUGAAGGAGUAUAUAAGUAUGAAUCGGCCUCGCCCUACAUCACAUACUGUUCUGAUCACCUAACAUCCAGCAUGUCUUCUAAGCUCUUCGUCCUGUUCGCCCUCGUGGCUGUGGCCUGCGCCGCCCCCCGCCCCGAUGCCCCUCCUUCCUACGGCCCCCCCGCCUACAAGGAGCCUGGCAUGCCCUUCGACUUCGCCUACGCCGUCAAGGACGACUACACCGGCAACGACUUCGCCCACGACGAGACCAGCGACGGCAAGGUCACCUCGGGAUCCUACCGCGUCCUCCUCCCCGACGGUCGCACCCAGAUCGUCACCUUCACCGCCGACCACCACAGCGGAUACGUCGCUAACGUCGCCUACGAGGGCGAGGCCUCCUACCCUGCAGCCAAGCCCGCCGCCUACGCCCCUCCCCCUCCCGCCUACGCCUAAGCACCAAGCCUUCCUCCUUCGCCUGUGAUACCAACAAACACCUGCCGUUCGCCUUCCCCUUUUCCAAGCCUCUCCACCUCACUCCAAGCCCCUUGACUCCUUCGCCACAACUUCAUCGUUGUCUCGACCUGUCGUUCCUCAGGCUCGUUCCCGCUCGUUUCGGAGACGCCGCUUGAGCGCUGCUUCCGCUGCCUCCGCUGCGGCUGCGCUUCAGCGCCUGCCUCCUUUCCCUGUCCGAUAGUCAAAAGCAAUUUUAUUUAUUGUAAAUUAUGCUUUUCGUUCUUUAAAAUAAGUGCUGACAUAUGCGAUA